AUGGGGUCAUCGGCCUCCUCCGCCUUCACAGGCGUAAUCAUCGGCCUGGUAUCGUCAUUUGGUUCCAUCAUAUUAAUAGCACUCAUCAUUCUGGUGUUUUGGGUUUCGGGAUGUGCUGGGUCUGGCCGCAUCUUGCUCGAUCGGUUAGGCCGCCCGGGCGAGUACGACGAUGAACAGGCAUUCGCGAGGGAAGAGGCGGAAGCGCUCGAGACGAUGGACGAGAUGGCCAGAACAGAAUACUUGAGAGCAAAAGCUUUCGUCACCGCCAACCCGCCGGAAUCAGCGCAGACCGACAUCUCGCUAUCACAGUAUCUGGCGAUCCAGGAAAAGGGCGUUUCGGCGUGGGAAUUUGAACCCGAACUCGAGAUCGCCAAUUGUUUUGUCGAAGGCCGGACGGAGAUUGAGUUCUUCGAUUCCGAGUGCACCGUUCUUACCAACCUCCCCGUGCCCAAGCAGAACGACGUCUACUACUGGGAGGCCAAGAUCUACGAUAAGCCCGAAAGCACGCUACUCAGCAUAGGGAUGGCAACAAAGCCUUAUCCCCUGUUCCGGCUCCCUGGAUUGCACAAAUAUUCCGUCGCCUAUCAGUCUACCGGCCACCGCCGAUACAAUCAACCCUUCAGCAAGACGAACUACGGUCCUCAAUACGUUCAUGGCGAUGUAAUAGGCGUGGGCUACCGCCCAAGGACCGGAGCCAUCUUCUUCACUCGGAAUGGUAAGAAGUUGGAGGAGGUGGUUCACGGACUCAAGGCCCAGAACUUCUUUCCCGCGAUCGGUGCCAACGGCCCUGCCACUAUCCAUGUAAACUUUGGUCAAGCCGGGUUCGUCUUCAUCGAAGCCAAUGUCAAGAAAUGGGGUCUGGCACCGGUGACGGGCAGCUUAGCACCACCGCCCCCAUACGGCUCAGAGCAGGGUAGCAUUCUGCUGGAAACUGGAAACAAGGACGGAUUCACAGGCAACCAAGCAAGGCCGCAUAGCCAAUCUUUUGCCACUCCCCCAUACGUCGUCCGCCAAGGGGAGCAUCUUGCUCCCCAACACGGCCGAUCAAGGAGCGGCAACUUCAGAAUCCUGCCUCCCACAAGCCCGGGUCCUCAGAGAAGCCCCACGGAUAUCUCACUCGCCCAUCUCGUCCCAAACGAAGACAAUGGCGAAAGCAGCCAUGCAGCACCGCAUCAAGAGCACCUCAAUGGGAACCCGUUGCAUUUGCAUCUUGAGGAUGCCACCAAUCCGCCACCAGGCUACAGAAGUCCUCAAGGCUCCGACUCGGACGGCAACCGACGCCGGAGCAUUGACAGUGACGAGGAGAACACACCAUUGAUCACGGUCAUCAACCGGAAUCGGGGCGAGUCUGCCGCCACAAUUGUUCCCUUCAACCGAAAUGCCAUGACUUCUUCACCUCCUGUUCCCAGUUACACCGAUGCCAUUCGACAAGGUGCCGGCUCUCGUGGACCAGAGAGAAGCCCCAGUCCAGUUUCAACAGCAUCAGAUGAUGAUGGAGAGGAUGAUUAUUCCGACGGCUCGUGA